CUCUGGCCCCAGGAAAACAUUUGACUAUGGCCGCCGGUGUCUCUAGCUUCACGUUUCUAACCACGGAGUCACCAAUUACCAGAGCUGUCUUCUCAGCGGGUGUAUCGCUGAGUGGGGAAAAUUGAUUUGAAACGUGAACUGGCAGGAAAGCAAGUGAAGUCUAGGAUGAGAAGAGCUGCUACGAUGGCAUAAACUCCAUCGCUGAAAGCCUCCACCCGGUCCUUACUGAGGGGCUCAUUGGGCAGGAAGGGACGGCUGAAGGCGUACAACACAAUCACUGCCUACGGGAACAAGAAUGUGAAAUGGCAAUAAAGAGGUGAUAAGAUGGGCAAUGGAUCCAUGAAAUCAAAGCGUUACAAACACUCGGACGGCUCUGCUGCUGCUGCUUCUAAUGGCCGAGCCAGCAAAGACCAUGGUGGCAGGUGCAAAAACCCAUCCCUGGACUCCCUGAGGGCCCGAGUGGAGGAACUGGAGCGAGAGGCCAAGAGGAAGGAUGAGGAGCUCUGUACCAAAGAGCAGCAGAUCCAAGGUCUGCAGGAGCAGCUGGCCAAACAGACCCGAGCUCUGGCCGAGCUGAGUGAGGAGCUACAGAACAAGUGCAUCCAGCUCAACAAGCUGCAGGACGUGAUAAAGAAUCAGAGCGGAGCCUUGACCGGCCUGGCAUCACAGCCACCUUCAAUCAAAGCCAGCGGGAAGAGCAGCCCUGACCUCAGUGUUCGCAUCAAGGAAACCCUCAACAGAAGGAAAGGAGCCAAAGCUGGGGUGUCGGCCGAACCCACAUCCAGGACCUACGACUCCAGCAGCCUGCCCAAGUUCUCAUUCGAGAAGGCUCGGGUACCCAAGGAUGCAAGUGUGAAGAAGCUGCUGACAGACGCAAUGAACAAGAACCAGUACCUGAAGAGGCUGGAGCUGCAGCAGAUCAAAGACAUGGUGGAGUGCAUGUACGAGCGCACCUACCAGCAGGGAGAGUACGUCAUCAAGCAGGGGGAGCCUGGGAACUACCUGUUUGUCCUGGCAGACGGGAAGCUGGAUGUAUUUCAAAACAACAAACUGCUCACAUCGAUCGCGGUGUGGACCACGUUUGGGGAGUUGGCCAUUCUGUACAACUGCACACGGACGGCAUCAGUGCGAGCAGUGAACAAAGUGCGCACAUGGGCUUUGGACCGGGAGGUGUUCCAGAACAUCACGAGGAGGACGGCUGAGAUGCGGCACGAACAGUAUCGCAACUUCCUCCGAAGUGUUUCUCUCUUGGCUAGUCUACCAGAGGACAAACUAAGCAAAAUAGUGGACUGCCUUGAGGUGGAAUACUAUGACAAAGGAGAGUACAUCAUCUGGCAGGGAGAGGAGGGCAGCACCUUCUACAUCAUCGCACAGGGAAAGGUGAAGGUGACCCAGACCAGCGACGCUCACAGGACGCCUCAGGUCAUCAACACGCUGCAGAAGGGAGACUACUUCGGAGAGAAAGCACUCAUCAGCGACGAUGUCAGGUCAGCCAACAUCAUCGCUGAUGACAACGGGGUGGAGUGCCUCGUCAUUGACAGAGAGACAUUUGAUCAGACGGUGGGCACCUUCAGCGAGCUGCAGAAGUAUCUCCAAGGCUACGUGGCAACGCUUGAUCGGGACGACAAGAAGAGACAUGCCAAGAAAUCGGUGUCACGCCACCAGAGUCAGCCGCUGUCCCCUGAUGUCCUCCAGCUGAAGGACAUGAUGUCAGUGUUCCCUGCAUCCAGGCCUUUUGAUCACCUGGAGGUCAUCGCUACUCUCGGGGUUGGUGGCUUUGGACGAGUGGAGUUGGUGAAGGUGAAGGACAAGGACUUCACCUUCGCACUAAAGGUCAUCAAGAAGAAGCACGUUGUGGACAACAGGCAGGAAGAGCACAUCCACUCAGAGAGGAAGAUCCUCGCUGAGGCUCGCUCACCUUUUGUUGUCAAACUGUAUCGUACGUUCAGGGAUAACAAAUAUGUGUACAUGCUGCUGGAGGCCUGUCUGGGCGGAGAGGUCUGGAGUCUGCUCAGAGACAGGGGGAGUUUUGAUGAGCCCACUGCCAAAUUCUGCGUCGGUUGUGUCACAGAGGCUUUCGACUACCUCCAUCGCAAAGGUGUCCUCUACAGAGACCUGAAGCCGGAGAACCUCAUGCUGGAUGCUGAGGGAUACAUCAAACUGGUUGACUUUGGUUUUGCCAAAAAGAUCAGAUGUGGCCAAAAGACCUGGACUUUCUGUGGGACACCUGAGUACGUGGCCCCUGAGAUUAUCCUCAACAAAGGCCACAACUUCAGUGUGGACUUCUGGUCUCUUGGAAUCCUGGUGUUCGAGCUUCUUACUGGCAGUCCUCCGUUCUCAGGGAGCGACCAGAUGAUGACGUACACUUUCAUCUUGAAAGGCAUUGAGAAGAUGGAUUUCCCCAAGAAGAUCACCAAGAGACCUGAGGACCUCAUACGCAAGCUGUGCAGGCGAAAUCCCUCCGAGCGACUGGGCAACCUCAAAAAUGGAAUAACGGAUAUCAAGAGGCACAGGUGGUUUAAUGGCUUCAACUGGGAGGGACUGAAGGCGAGGACUUUGCCAUCUCCACUGAAAAGAGAACUCACAGGACCAACAGAUCACAGCUACUUCGACAGCUACCCUCCAGAUGAGGACAGCCCUCCUGAAGAGCUCUCUGGGUGGGACAUGGACUUCUAAGACCUUCUGCUCCAUCUUACCAUUUGUUUCUUCUAUUGCACACCCUAACAACAACAAUUCACAGGCAAAACGAGUUUUCAGGUGACCUUACCUCACCCCCGACAGGCACAGUGGAGGCCCUCAGGUUCUGGGAACCAGUAGCUGAUGUCAGCCGCUUACUUUGUUUACUUAAGAUGUUUCAACACAAACAAACAGAUCUGAGUUUGACUGUGAAGUUUAAAAGUUUAUAAUGUAACCAUCACAGUUGUUUUUGGCAGUGCAUCGUCCUGGCACAGUGGAUAAAAGUCACCUAACUCAGCUGGCAGCGUUUGUGGGUGGGAAGCCGGUGAGGGAUCUAGCCCUUGUUGCUGCAUUACCAACUCUUUCCGGAUUGUUGGAGCACCUGUUCAAAGUGAAGUAGAAAAAACACCUGUGUGCUUACUUUACUUUUUAAAACUCGAUUAGAAUUCAACUGAAGUCUUUUUAAACCGGUUCAUGCCAUGCCAUGUCAGGCCUGGACUUUGCCUGAUAAUUAAAAUGAGGCUUCAUUCAACUUUAUACAUUUACCCUGACACCACAUGCACUUAUCAGACAAAAUACCAGUGAGUGACAUGUCUUCCCAAAGAGAAAAGAGGCACUAAGACCCUGCCUCUCCACGUAGACGUACAGCAGCAGAAAUGUAACCAACCUGAUCAAAGCUUGUUUGAAUGUUUUAGACCUCGUGUUCACGGAACACUUUUAGCUCUGGAACACAUCAAAUGGAUCUCAAUUUAAAAAAGCAUAAUUUAAAAAGAAAUAUUUGUAAAAUGCAGUAAUCCUAUAAUGAUAUGCUUUAUUACAUAUUUUAAACUUCCUGUGUCUAGUGCAACCCUACAAAAUAUGUUCUGUACCUGUACAUAAAAUGUAACAGCUGACUUUUUGGGGCGGAAAGCAAACCAAUAGUUAUACUGUACAUAUGUUUCUACAUUUUGCUAUUGAAUUUCAUAAUUAUUUAUCUUGUAUUUUAUGCAGAAUGGUACCAAGGGAGAAACAAAGGAAAUACAUUGGGAAUAUUUUGCUUCGGGCGUGUGUUGUUUUAUGCUACAAUCCUUCAAAGCCUUCAUUUUUAGAAACCAACAAAUCUUUGACAGAUCCGAGUCUUGCAUAGUUUUAUUCAUUUGUUUGAAUGGUUGGUGAGGAGGAUCAGAACUCAGAGGGAGAGGAGGCCUUUAAACAGUUCACCACUCUCUCACAUCAGUAGUGAUAAACAUCCAUCACAGAUACAGAGACCAUUGACAUGUCAGAGCUUUAGUCCCCUUCUCCCUGACCACAACUCUACAAGAUAUGCAAGUACAGAAAAUAAAUAGAUGCAUGUUAAAGUUCAUUUCCAUAUACAAAUAUAUUUUGUGAAGCUUAUUGUACAAGCAUUUCUUUUUUUUUACCUACUACCACCAUAACAUUUACAAGAUCGGACUGAACAGUGAAGUAGAGGAAGCUCCUAUAAACUGCUGCUAUACUGAACUGUGUAUAGGUGUCUUUGAUGCUCACGCUCCCAAAGACAUUAGUGAAGUUUAGACCCAGGUUCAGUCUCAAAUGCAGCAAACGCUAAGGCCCCAUCAUCACCUGUCAUUUCUGCACAACCAGAGGAGGCCACUCCCUUCUACACCAUGUAUUACUACAAUGUGUACUGGCACAAGAUGAUGACGCAGAAACUAGAGGAGGCAUCAGUACAAAAUGUGUAAGGGCAGACAAUCUGUCCUUAGCUACUGACACAACAUAAUAUCUCUAAUGUAUCAAAAUGUGAAUGAUUUGAAAUACACUGUCAGUCAUACUUAUCAAUCGAAUAUGCACCAUGAUCACUCAGGGCAGGUUAUCCAGUACCAUAGGGUAUUCUCAGCGCUUUGCUUUGACCUCAGCUUCACUGCAAACUGAGCUCAGUUCUCUCAAUAAAUCAAAUCCCUCGACUCCAAAAGCACGUCCAUCUCGAAGAGACAUUAAAAUGUCAUCAACAUUAAGUGAGUGAGCUAUAUACAAAAUCAAUGUACAGGUUUAUAGAAAUAAAGAAUUCAGUCCAUUUUCUCCGGGUAAAUAUUUGGUUUGAUGAAAUGAACACUGAUGCACAACCUGGGGCAGCCUCACCACGUGAACUGCUCUUCAAGGUGUUACCUGUUGUCUGAUGUUAACCUGACACAAAGUACAGGUGAUCAAAUAGCACAGCCCAUUUACGACGUAUAAAAUCCGCACUAUACAGUCAUAUUAAUAUUAAAGGCUUAUAAAGAAUCAAAAGAUCAGUUCUCCCCGAUCAUUCAAUAUAAUAUAUGUUUUGCUCAUCAUCUUGUUUUUUUUUAAUGAAAAUCAGUUGAAAAAACUCUGAAAACUGUUUUCAAUAUUUUGAGGGAUGCUGGCACAUAAUGCACAGCGCAGUUUGCUUUUUUCUUUAUUUCCAUCUUCACUUUACAUAAGCAGAAGCACCUUGCCACCAGAGGAACCCGUUCACUGUAAACCACGGUUACUUUUUUCCUGGAAGCUAAAAACACAAUAGCUUUUAGAGGCUUAAGGACAUGAAAUCAAGGUGUAAAGCAGAUUUUGAACCCAUCUCAACCUCAAAAACCAAAACGGAUGAGCCUUAAGGAUAUGUAAAGCAAAACUGAUUCCAGACCAGCAGUGUAUACUGAUGUGAUAAAACAGAUUUCUGACAGUUGAUCGUCGUUUUUCUUCAUAAAUGUUGUUCUAUGCUGUAAAUUCAACACGUAAUUUUAACAAUGCCUGAUACCAGGCUCAUUAAAAUCACUACUAUUAAUCCCUGAUGCUUGCCAAGUCCCAUGAUUUAUUUGGUUUCUUCAGAACUGAUCAGGUCCAACAAGGCUUUCCACACAAGCAUCGAGUGGCUUUCAGAGUCCUGUGGUUUUGGCACUUACAAUAAACACAUGAUGACAGCACUUGUUCUACUUGUAAGGCUUUUUUCUUGGCAAAGCAACGGGAUCUCCUCAAACACUCCCUUAUGCAGUUCUUAACGAAGACCCCAAAUGGAAAGUAGCUUACUCCUCUGUAUAUAAUAAACUCUUAAAAUGUGGGUUCUGUACAACAUUAGAGCAGUGAACAUGAAUGUAAAAUGAUCUACCAGCUAUGUCACAAUUCUGGCUUCAGACUCUAAUAUAUCUCUCUAUAGCAGCCAAGCCAAUAAUUAUACAAUAACUUCUCAUAUAGUGAGUAACAGUGAUAGUACAGACAUAAAUUCAUACACAAGGUAACAAAAAACAUGCAAGUGCGAGCAGAGGUGACUUUGUGGUAAUGACCAGACAAUUUCAAGCUCUGAAGGAGACAAAGAUGAGAACGACCCCCCUCAGAGGCAUCAGUUCAAACUGAAAUCAUUUUUCCUGAAUAGUAAUUUUUCCUUCAGUUUCUGUCUCUCUAAUGCCUCAGUCGGUAUCUUUAUAGUGUGUCUUGCUAGUGAGUUUGUGAUUGCAUUCACCCUGCUGUGACCCAACAGAUAGGUGAGCAGCAAUGAAGACAUAAAGAACAACAGUGUUGUCGGUGGUGAAACUGGAGCAUGGAGAUGUGACUUCCUGUUCCAGUUACCGUCCACGAGGAAAACUCACACGAUCCACUCCUUCCCGCGAACAGACAGGCCUUUUCACCUCAAACAACAGGCAGAACUCUCCUCCAGUGCAAAAGGGAAGCUGUGUUCACUGUAUGUUUGUACUUGAGUGAGAGUAUGGCUAAAAAACAGGAGGCUUGGCUGCAUGUAUUGAUUUGGUUUUUUAUCUGUGUGACAUACAUUUUAUGCAAAGAGGUGUUGAAGGCUAAAAAAAAAA